UGCGAUCUCCUUGGCUUUGGCCUGAAAUUUUUUGGCGAAUAAGCACAAGUGGAAAAGAAUUUAAAAACAACCUCAAAAUUAUUACUGAAUUUACGCAGGGGGUUAAUUUUUAAAAUUUCCUAUAUCUAAUCAACUCAAAGGUGAUUUCAAAUCGUAAAAUGGAACGAAAGAUAGAAAGAUUAAGUGAUACCAAAAAAAUGGAAACUGAGAAAAGGACUAAUUGCUUUUUGGAUAUCUUGCUGGACUUGCAAGAGCAAAAUGAUUUUACUGACGAGGAUAUACGAGAGGAAGUAGAAACUUUUAUGUUUGAAGAUAGUGAUAUUGGGCGGGAUGUGACUCUAGACGAUAUGACAAAAAUGCGUUAUGCGGAGUCAUGUAUUCGUGAAACUAUGCGUCUUCUUCCCACUGUUCCAGUACGUUCCUACGAUUUCAUUAGAAUUUGUCAUUUAGAUAAUUGGUCGUGUGAUUACAGAACCCACAGAAAUAGGCAAGUAAAUUAUAAAGACAAACAUAACUAUGAGUUUAUAUAGGUGGAUUCAUAAUUCCGAAGGGGGUGACAGUUAUGGUGCCUCCCUUUGCAAUUCAUCGUGAUCCAAGAGUAUGUGACUAUUUUCUUUAACAAUGCUGAAUUAUUCUUGGUAACUAUUAAGUACUUCCAUAACCCCGAUGAAUUUGAUC